AUGCCGCCGUCUGACUGCAUCCAUUCUGCAGCACGCAAAGCGUGGAUGAUUCAUGCCACGGCGAAGGAGCAGCGCCAUCACCGCUGGCACAGCUUGACGUUGCUUGGUUGCAUUGCCUGCGACAGGGGGGCACGUAUUGCGGACAAGGAACGGGAACACCCACCCGUAUACCCCUCUCAACUCUGGCCGCUAUGGGGAAAGCAACUGCAUCGAUCAUGGGAAAAAGAAAAAAAAGCAAAGACACAGAUACGGAGAGGCAGGCACGCCAUCUUGACCGGUCUCGUAAACAGGAACCCGAACGGACCACUGGACUGAGAAGCAUGCAGUUUUGUUGACGCGAUAACAACCUCCAGCCGGCCUUGUGGCGUCGUAACUUCGGGCGAGGUGCAUUUUGGAGUCGCUUAUCACAGCCCGUUGUGUGUUCUGGAUCCCACUUGGAGUCUCACAACCGAGUGACCUGUCACUUUCUGACGACUCGUCUCGGCGCGACCACAGCCAGCCGAGCUUGCAAGGAGCUGUCGAACAUAGCUGUUCGCUGCUCGGCCCGCCUCCGAUGCUUCUUUUUCAGGCUGUCAGUUUUCCUAGUUUGGCCAUUUCCGAUUACCUAGCCCAAUGCCGUGUGUCCCCAGAGCCUACCCGCGCC